AUGGUAUAAAUAUGAAUCUUCAGAUGUGAGCUGCAUCAGUUCCAAAGGAAUUGCUUCAAGGUUGCAAGAUGUUCCGUUUGCUUGUUCUCGCUUUGGUUGUGGCCGUUGCAACGGCACAAGAGCCGGCUAACUGCAGAUGCGGCGCCUUCAUCACUCUUGACUCCGUCGAGAAGAUGCUUUACGAGCUCCCUCCCAUCGACAUGGGCGGCUGUGACCAGCACGUCAAAUGCCGCAACCGCUGCUUCAAGGAGUUCGAGGAGCUCUCUGGAGGAGGAGACUUGACCUACAUUACCUCCGAUGGUGUGACGCCCGUCGGACAGAUCUUGUGCACAGCAUCUGCAAAACCAGUCAUCAACGAAUAUGUGUACGCCUAUUCGGAGCUCUGCGACGGCCCCUGGGAAUGGACAGGUGACCAGACCAUGCAGCCUCUGUGCUGCAACAAGGAACAUGAGUACCAUCCUUGCCCCGAGUAGGGAGUGCGCAAGAGGCAAGCCAGGUCUACAUGGCCGGCGUUCUAGUGCUGGCUGAAGACUGAUUUAAGACUUACCUAGCACUUCUUUUUUCCUUUCUCUUCUUUUUGAAUAAACUAAGAAGCAUUA